AUGUUUGAGAGUAAUAGCAGUGGUGAUUGUAUGGAGGUUGAAGGAGUAGACACUCCCAAUGAGCCUGUGCUUGAGGACAAAGAUGAUGACGACGAGGAUGACGAUGAUGAUGACAAGGAUGAUGAUAAAGUUGAAUGUAAGUUCACUGUGAAUGUUGAUCUAAGGACGAGACAGGAGCUUGGGACUGGUCCUAGAGUUGGCCGUAUGUUUCCCGUGGACAACCUUCGUCUUUCACUUGUUGCUCUUAUUUCUGUUGUUGCAGCUGCUGCAGUGUCUACAGAAAAUUUUGAUUGGCAGUUUAAGGCUCCUGAUCUCAGCAAUGUGAUUUCCAAACCUGAGACUUCGGCUGUGGCUCAAGAUGAUGAAGAAGUAGAUGAGACUGGAGUGGAACCCAAGGACAUAGAGUUGGUGAUGACACAGGCAGGAGUCACAAGGUCAAAGGCUGUGAAGGCAUUGAAGGCUGCAGAUGGAGACAUAGUUACUGCCAUCAUGGAUCUUACCAACUGA